UCCAGUCAACAUGGCGGCUUCCGUGAGGAGAGCAGCUCACGACAUCGAGACGCGAAAACGGACCGAUGAUGUGCUUCUGUCGGAGGGGAUCGACUUCAGCUCCCUGCUGCUGUCUCAGGCCGUGCUGGAGGGACUGUCCUCCUCGGGCUUCCAGAAACCCUCUCCGAUCCAGCUCAAGGCCAUCCCGCUGGGACGCUGCGGACUAGAUUUGAUCGUGCAGGCCAAGUCUGGCACAGGAAAGACGUGUGUGUUCUGCACCAUCGCUCUGGACUCUCUGGUGUUGGAGAAUCCAGCAACUCAGGUUCUCGUCCUGGCUCCUACACGUGAGAUUGCAGUCCAGAUCCACUCCGUAGUGAUGGCCAUUGGUUGUGCCAUGGAGGGCCUGGAGUGCCAUGUUUUCAUCGGGGGCCGGCCUGUUAGUCAGGACAAACUCCACCUGAAGAAGUGUCAUAUAGCUGUGGGCUCACCUGGUCGUAUUAAGCAGCUCAUCGAGCUCGGCAUGUUGUCCACCGCCAGCAUCCGACUGUUUGUUCUGGACGAGGCCGACAAGCUGCUGGAGGAAGGCAGCUUCCAGGAACAGAUAAAUUGGAUUUUCUCAUCUUUGCCUGUGAACAAACAGAUGCUUGCUCUCUCUGCGACCUACCCAGAAUCCCUUGCUCAGCACCUUACCCGUUACAUGAGCGAGCCCACUUUCGUCCGACUCAAUCCCAGUGACAUGGGCCUGAAAGGUCUGAAGCAGUACUACAAGCUGGUGCAGUCUCAUCCUCUACCACAUAAAGUGUUCCAGGAGAAGGUGCAGCACCUGCUGGAGCUUUUCAGUAAAAUCCCAUUUAACCAGGCCCUGGUGUUCUCCAACUUACACACAAGGGCUCAGAACCUGGCAGACAUCCUGUCAUCCAAAGGCUUACCUGCAGCUUGUAUCUCAGGUGGUCUGAGUCAGGACCAGAGGCUGGAGGCCAUGUCCAAACUGAAGCAGUACCAGUGCAGGGUGCUCAUCUCCACUGACCUGACUUCCAGAGGUAUAGACGCAGACAAAGUCAACUUGGUGAUAAAUCUGGACGUGCCACAAGACUGGGAGACAUACAUGCACCGGAUCGGACGAGCUGGUCGCUUUGGCACUCAGGGGCUCGCUGUGACGUACUGCUGCCAUGGCGAGGAGGAGAACAAGAUGAUGUCCAUCGCUCAAAAGUGCAGCCUGAAUCUGUCUGCUUUGCCCUCUACCUUAGAGCCGAGCUUGAUGGACGAGCCAUGUGACUGGGACGUCUGCACUGACGCCUCCAUCCCAGGCCCGUUACCCCAGCUCUCCUCUAGGACCGAGAAGAAGAAGCGUAUUAAGCCAGUCACAAAUCCAGAGCCAGAGCACAGUAGACCAAGACAUACAGAAAAGCCUGAUCCUGCACCCAGGCUGGAAGCACGCAUUAAAGAGAUUCCCAGGAAAGCACCUGCUGUGCCAACACAAGAGGAGCAGCAAGAGACUCUGCCGAAGAUCCCUUCCCUCAGCUUGUUCAAGACCUGCAAGUCGAGGUUCAUGACCUUUGAGGAGGCCGAGCGGGACUUCCAGAGCUUCAUCACCACAGGGUUGGGGAGAUCAGUGGAGGUCAUCAGGGAGUUCAGAGGUCGAGCGGAUGGUGGCGCAGAGGAUCAGAAUGGGCACAGAGAGUCUGUCACACUUCAUGAUGAAGGAGCUCAAAGGUUAAAGCUAAACAGAACACAGAGAAAAUCUGAAUUUGUACGUCCGAAGUCAGCUUCUGUUUCUUCAAGCUUACUGUCAGAUGAUGGGGAUGAGACUACAAGAAGAAACAAGAUUAUUAAACCUGGAAGUGAGGCGAAAGACACGCUCACUGUGUCCAAAAUAAAGGUGGAGUCCACACCAAUGGAAAUCUCUACACCAGAAAAGUACAACCAGACAACAAACACAAGAGCUUUUUCUCUCCCCUCCGAGAACUAUAAACAGAAAUCAGCUGUUAAAUCCAACAGGCGACCAAAACAGACUACUGCAUCAAAUGCAAGCGCAAACAAACCAAGAAAGACAGAGAAAAGGAGCAAACACUUUUCAGAAGACUUGAACAGAGAGCGAAUGAGAGGAAGGGAGGAAGAAGAAGAGCAUGGUAUGGAAGAUGAAGAGGAGGAGGAGGAGGAGGAAGAGGAAGAGGAGGGGAGUGCAGAAGACUACUGGAGAAGCUGCUACAGAGCCUGGAGCGACUACUACUCCUCCAUGUCUCCUGGUCAAGAGGGAGGUUACCAAAGCUACUACAGUGCGGCCCACAGCUGGAUGGCAGCCUAUCGCAUGAAUGCUGUUUACAUGGAAGAACUUAUGAAACACUGACUGCUCUGAACUCAUAUGUACAAUCAUAGUGUCUACAUUUUUUUUGCAUUAGAAGAAUGAGCUAAUACACUGCACUUAAAUGUAAUCCUUCCAUAUUCUGUGUCUCUGUUUCCUCCAUUGAGCAUGUUUUCGAGUAUUUUUCUGUCAUGGUUCUACACUUUUUGAGAAUAAAUUGUCUUAAGUGUCA